AUGAGGGGUUUUCCAGCCCUGCUGCUCUUGCUGGCACUACCAGGUAAGGAACCAUGCAUGGGAGGAGAGGACACCUAAGGGUUUCUGCAUGCGGAGGGAGCGUCCUCCAGAGCUAACUGCUCACGUGACAUGCACAAGAAUUUAUGUGAGAAGACAUUUUGGGGCAAGGAGCUGUCAGAAAAGCCUUGUCCAGUCUUAGCCUUGAGUUCCCCUCUAAAAGAAAAGAUUAACUUUAACGGUGCACUGCAUCAUUCAGUUGACCUGGUAGACUUUGGAUGUGGCUGGUUUUCUGUGAUCACAACAGCACUUCGAAAAGAGAAUUCUGGCACAUAUCAGCGUGGGGUGCAGGGUGAUCUGAAGAAUAUUCUAUUGCAAAGAAUACAGAUGGCGGUUUCACGUGAGGGUGAGGCUAUUUGAAAAAAAAAAGGGAAUUCCCUGUCUGUCCAUUGCUCCUAUUAUGUCAUAGCCAAUGUCAGGAAACUUCAGCAUUUUAUUUGGUGCAAAACAGUGUCCCAAAUUAGAUGCCAACCUAUUAUCAGAGGUAACUCUGAUCAAAGUAUCAUUAAAGUAGGAAGGACUGAAAUGAUGAAUGACUUCUCAUGGAAAAUGAUUAGAGUGUGGCUGAAAAAGCUCCAACUUAAUGACUCAGGAGAAUAUCGUCUUGAGAACCACUUCCAGAGGAGAAAUAAACUACUGAAUAGGAUCAUGCUGGAAGUUUUGGGAGAGACUCUCUAUGCUCUCAUGGUGCUGAGUUCCUUCCUGCCAAUAACUGCUUUGAUUGCUACUGUUAUACUCCUUGUCACGACUUACAUCAGAAAGAAAACGGCAGGAAGGGGGAUGGACUUUGGCAGACAUUCUUCCUUCAGACAAGCAGCGCUGCAGGACAGAAGAAACAAAGCAAGCAGAAUGCCAGAAGGGGAACUGAAUGACAGUACAAUAUAUGCUGUCAUAAGGCACCAAUCUCAGCCAAAGCCUGAAGAUGUUAUAUAUGUCAACACACAGCCUCCACCACAAGUUUUCUUUCACGUUCAAGAACCACCAGGCAUUUCAGUUUCCUCAGAGCCUGUGGAAUAUGCUACUGUCAUCUUCAGAGCCACAACUCCACACUCUGGAACUGAAAAAACAGGUUCACCGAAUCCAAGCAGCACAAAGCCUUGGGCUUAUUCACAGAAGUUUGCUGAACUGCAUUUAGAAACAGUCCAUUUGUAA